ACCUGUCCCUGUCCACCCGGCCCUGUCCACCUGUCCACCAGCCCCUGUCCACCCGUCCCUGUCCACCUGUCCCUGUCCACCGGCCUCUGUCCACCUGGCCCUGUCCACUGGGCACUCUGCACCAGCCCCUGUCCACCUGUCCCUGUCCACCCUGUCCCUGUCCACCUGUCCCUGUGCACCGGGCCCUGUGCACCAGCCCCUGUCCACCAGCCCCUGUCCUCCAGCCCCUGUCCACCUGUCCCUGUGCACCGGGCCCUGUGCACCAGCCCCUGUCCACCUGUCCCUGUCCACCCGGCCCUGUCCACCUGUGCACCGGGCCCCGAGCGCCUCCAUGAACUCGGUGUCACCGGCUGCCGCGCCAUACCGGAGCCCGGAGGAGAGCCGUCGGCCGCGUGCAGCACCCCACCUUCCCGACCCCCGCGGCUUGGGGCGCCCCGGAUCCAGCCUUGCCGUGUCCUCCUCCCCGGUCACCGCAGGGGCUGCUGCCGCGGAGGAGCCCGACGAGGUGGACAAGUUUAAGGCCAAGUGUCUCACGGCCUGGAACAAUGUCAAGUAUGGUUGGGCCGUCAAAAGCCGGACCAGCUUCAGCAAGAUCUCCAGCGUGCACGUCUGUGGCCGGCGCUACCGUUUCGAAGGCGAGGGGGAUAUUCAGCGUUUCCAACGGGACUUCGUGUCCCGCCUGUGGCUCACGUACCGCCGAGACUUCCCGCCCCUGGCCGGGGGCUCUCGGGGCUACCUGACCUCUGACUGCGGCUGGGGCUGCAUGUUACGCAGCGGCCAGAUGAUGCUGGCACAGAGCUUGCUGCUUCAUUUCUUGCCCAGGGACUGGACGUGGGCCGGGGCCCUGGGCCUGGGUACGUCUGAGCCGCCAGGGUCGGCCUCUCCCGGCCGGUACCGGGGGCAUGCCCGGUGGACGCCCCCACGCCGGGCCCAGGGCACCACGGAGUUGGAACAUGAGCGGUGCCACCGGCAGAUUGUAUCCUGGUUUGCCGACCACCCCCGGGCCCCCUUCGGCCUGCACCGCCUGGUGGAACUCGGGCAGACCUCAGGCAAGAAGGCGGGGGACUGGUACGGGCCGUCGCUGGUAGCCCACAUUCUCAGGAAAGCCGUGGAGAGCUGCUCCGAGGUGUCUCAUCUGGUGGUCUACGUGUCUCAGGACUGCACAGUGUACAAGGCAGACGUGGCCCGCCUGGUGGCCAUGCCAGACCCCGCUGCCGAGUGGAAAUCUGUUGUCAUCCUCGUGCCCGUGCGGCUGGGUGGCGAGACCCUCAACCCCGUGUAUGUGCCCUGUGUGAAGGAGCUGCUGCGCUUGGAGCUGUGCCUGGGCAUCAUUGGGGGCAAGCCGCGGCACUCACUGUACUUCAUUGGCUACCAGGAUGACUUUCUGCUCUACCUGGACCCCCACUACUGCCAACCCACUGUGGACGUUAGCCAGGCUAACUUCCCCCUAGAGUCCUUCCACUGCACCUCCCCCCGCAAGAUGGCCUUCACCAAAAUGGACCCGAGCUGUACUGUGGGGUUCUACGCCGGAAACAGGAAGGAGUUUGACACACUGUGCUUGGAGCUGACCAGGGUCCUCAGCUCCUCCUCGGCCACGGAGCGGUACCCCAUGUUCACUGUGGCCGAGGGCCACGCCCAGGAUCACGGUGUGGAGGACCUGUGCUCCCAGCUCUCGGCCCAGCCCCUGCUGCAGCUCCCGAGGCCCGGGCUGCUCCUCAGGGCCCAGCGGCCCAGCUCUGAGGACUUUGUGCUUUUGUGAAGGGGAGGGGACGUGUGCGCGUGCGGGGAGAGGCAAUGCUAUUUAUUUUUUUAUUUAUGUCUUUGGGUGUGGGAAUUCACACUCUGCCAGGGAAGUGGCAUUUCCCUGGUGACCGCCCUGCCCGAGGCCAAGCUCAGCCUGGGAAACCGGGGCCACUCGGCCUCGGCCGCCAUGCAGCCCGCCAGGCCUCAGGCCUUCUGGGCACCCACUCAGGGUCUGACUUAAGUACUGUACUUUGCACUGGACCAGUCGUGUCCCUUGGUGGUUCCAAAGGUCCUGCUGAGGACUUAAUAAAAGCUGUUGGAUUUGA